AUGGUACUAAAUCAGGCUGACCCUGGAGCGUACGUCUGGAUUGGCCUUUUCAGAGAUCCAUGGAAGUGGUCUGAUGGAAGUGACCACUCAUUUAGGAACUGGAAUCCGGUGGAGCCUCGUGAACCUGAUGGCUCCUCUGAGACUUGUGUGGCAGCAGACUUCAGUGCCGAUGGACAAUGGGAGACCCUGGACUGUAACGAAAAGUCAGCAUUCAUCUGCUACAGUGACGUUGCUUCUGUUUCAAAGCGAGUGGUCAAAGUGAGGCUGGUGAAAACCAGCUCCUCUCUGGAUCUGAAUGACCCUGUGGUGGUGGAGGACCUCUUGAAGAAGCUCAAACAGAGGCUGAAGGACCAGGGGCUGAACGAGGACAUCAAACUGAGCUGGAAGAAGCAGUCGGAUGGAAAAGUCUUCCACAAGGAAGAGAAAAAGAGAAGAGAUGAGCUGUAAUGUUCUUUCAAUCCACUCUGGUCAGAGGCUUACUUUCUCCUCCUCUUCCUCCUUUCUUCUUCAUCAAGGGUAGAAAGAACCAAAGUACCCAAGUACAGACCCUUUUCUGGGAAGCACCCUGUUUCCAUCUCAUAGUACUUUAAACUUUGACUCCACAACAUUGAUCUGGCAGCUUCAGUUAAUACACUCUCAAAGAAAUAAGGGUUCCAAACCGGUUCUUCCUGAAGGUCUGAGGUUCUACUACUUGCAUGUUAAUGAGUAAUAAAUCGAAUUACGUGCUGUUUAUUAUAUUAUAGCUAUCUAAAAGAGUUUAUGCUGCAUAAGUGCUUUUACUUUUCAUAAUGAAGAACAUUCUUCAGUAGU